AUGUCAACUGGUUCACAGAGUGAUGCUGAGGACAUCCAAGGAUUACCUGUUUUACAGCUGGGUGCGCAGAGUAGACGGCCCAAGCGGGACAUGACAUCGGAGACACUCCUUAACUCGAGAGAAAACUCUGAGGACGAAUUCUGCAUAGACGACAGUUACGAAGGGAAAAGCAAACGGCUGAGAACGGGCUCCAACGCUAAACAGCUGAAAGGCCAUUCGGAUGGCCGCCAGUCACAGAGAAACGCCGCCAACGCCAGGGAGAGGUCACGGAUGAGAGUGCUGAGCAAAGCCUUCUCAAGACUGAAGACGACCUUGCCUUGGGUACCAGCAGACACCAAACUCUCCAAACUGGACACACUGAGACUAGCUUCCAGCUACAUCUCUCAUCUGAGGCAGCUUUUGCAGGAGGACCGUUAUGAGAACAGUUUUGUGCAUCCGGUAAAUUUGACAUGGCCCUUCGUGGUCUCAGGCAGAUCAGAGGACACCAAAGAGAUCGCCGCUGCAGCAAGACUGUGUGGGGCAACCGCAUGAGUGAUGCCUGUUGGAGACAGGACCCAGUCUUUCCACAAUCGUACUAAACAUACUCUACCAAUAUCCCCGAUGGGUGCAUCUCCUGAACAUCUCAAUGUACAAACUCUGCUUUGAUCCUGAUUGUCUUGGAAGAAACCUAACGUAUGAAUUGAAACUGUGACAUAUUUAUCGUUAAUUCGUUCAUACAAUGACAGGUUGUCUAGACC